AUGCUCCUGAUAGCAUCGUUCGAACACGCAUUUACCGAUAAGAUUGUCAAAACUAGAACCCUGACGCUCUCCGUCCGCGACCAGGAGGUGGAUCCGGUGACCUCCCACACCACCGACACCGUGAAGCACUACCGGGUGAAGCAGUUCGACGGUGGCGGCUUCUACAUUACCACGAAGCGUGGAUUUCCAAGCCUGCGCGACCUCGUCGAUCAUUACUCAGCCGAGGCAGAUGGACUGUGCCAACGCCUUACCCGCGCCUGUCCACGACCCCCGCCUCUCACCAGCGACCUCUCCGUCCAGACUAAAGACCACUGGGAAAUUCCGCGUUCCUCGAUCACCCUGAUUGAACGCCUUGGCGCCGGCCAGUUCGGCGAGGUGUGGAAGGGUAAGUCUUGCAUAUUCUGGCCACCCGUUGAGGGUUCCACCAGCGGACGUCUGUCCCGCUAUCGAUUUCGGCUAUUUGAAUAG